CUCAUAUUACGUCUCAAGUUUGUUCUCUCGCGACGAUGUGGUUGUCCGACAGAAACAUGAAUGAUCAACUUAGUCGUUCCCAUGGAAGAGAGGAUUGUCUGAUGAUUUAACCCCAACCCUAACAGAACGACCAUGCCUAGUGGAAAUAUCAUGCAAGCACUUCUUCAGCCGGAUUUGGACGCGCUUUGGGCGCGUCGCGUCCCUUUCAAAAGUUCAAGCGACGUGCUACCCACCCCACCAUCUACAGCACCAGCGAUCGCGAGACCCUCCACUCCUUAAGCACGACUGUCGACGAAGAUUACGGUAACUCACCUUCCUCAGAGACGACCACAGAGGAAGCUCAGGUCGAUACACGAUCACACGCCAGCCAUGUCUGGCAUCCAGCUCAAAGAUGUCGCCGUCGCGGAUCGCGUGCGAGCGGCGCAAGAAUUCUUGGAUCCACAGGAUCCUCGGGCACGGACAUAUCAAGCAGAGAUCCUGCUCAUGCUCAAUCGUGACCUUCGGAGACUGACGGUCAGCAUUGACGAGAUCCGCGCACACAGUCGAGAGCUCGCAGAUGGCCUGCUCAAUCUACCGUUCGAAUACUCGCAGGCAUUCGAUCGUGCGCUAUACGAAAUCGUUCAAACAGUACGGAAUCGCGCAACACGGGAUGUUCAGGAAGAUGUGCCAUAUUACUGUGCAUACGUCGGGAGCUUCGGUGAAUUCUCCUGCAAUCCUCGGACACUCUCCUCGGCAUACCUCAAUCACAUGGUCUCGAUCGAAGGUAUCGUCACCAAAUGUUCGCUGGUACGACCAAAGGUGGUGAAGAGUGUGCAUUGGAACGAGACAAAAUCGACAUUCCAUUUCCGAGAAUAUCAGGAUCAGACAAUGACCAUGGGUGCGUCGAGCUCGAGUGUUUAUCCGACACAAGAUCCAGAUGGAAAUCCCCUCGUCACAGAAUAUGGAUACUGCACAUACCGGGAUCAUCAGACGAUUUCGAUACAAGAGAUGCCAGAGCGUGCGCCUGCGGGUCAGCUGCCGCGCGGUGUCGAUGUCAUUAUGGAUGAUGAUAUGGUCGAUCGAGUGAAGCCGGGUGACAGAAUCCAAUUAGUUGGCGUGUACCGCUCGCUGGGUAAUCGGAACGCUGGCACAGGGAGCUCGACCUUCAAGACACUUCUUCUCGCCAACAAUGUCAUUCUUCUCUCAUCGAAAUCCGGCGGAGGAAUUGCACAAGCAACCAUCACAGACACAGAUAUUCGAAAUAUCAACAAAGUCUCAAAACAGCGGAGAGUCUUCGAUUUACUUUCGCAAUCGCUGGCACCGAGUAUCUACGGACACGACUACAUCAAAAAGGCCAUCCUGCUCAUGCUUCUUGGUGGCAUGGAGAAGAAUCUUGAGAACGGCACUCAUCUUCGUGGAGAUAUCAACAUUUUGAUGGUCGGUGACCCUUCUACCGCCAAGUCGCAACUGCUACGCUUCGUCCUCAACACCGCUCCUUUGGCCAUUGCCACCACCGGUCGAGGAUCAUCUGGUGUAGGUUUGACAGCCGCUGUGACCUCUGAUAAGGAGACGGGCGAGCGUCGCCUCGAAGCAGGUGCAAUGGUUCUGGCCGAUCGUGGUGUAGUAUGUAUCGACGAAUUCGACAAAAUGUCAGACAUUGAUCGUGUGGCCAUCCACGAAGUCAUGGAACAGCAGACAGUCACCAUCGCAAAAGCAGGAAUUCACACUUCUCUUAACGCUCGAUGUUCGGUCAUUGCUGCAGCCAAUCCGAUCUAUGGACAGUACGACACACACAAGGAUCCUCACAAGAACAUCGCGCUCCCAGAUUCGCUUCUGUCACGUUUCGAUUUGUUGUUCAUUGUAACUGACGACAUCGAGGAUGUGCGAGACCGACAAGUCUCCGAGCAUGUUCUACGAAUGCACCGCUACCGACAACCUGGCACGGAAGAGGGUGCAGUCGUUCGUGAGCAACAGACGCAAACUCUCGGGGUCGGUCUCGAAGAAGCUGGAGAGGCGAACAAACCCAGCGAGGUCUAUGAGAAGUACAAUGUCAUGUUGCACGCCGGUGUCACUGUGACCAUGGGUCGCGGCUCCCAGCGUCGCGUCGAAGUCCUCAGCAUUCCCUUUAUCAAGAAAUACAUCCAAUACGCUAAACAACGUAUCAAGCCUAUCCUCACCAAGGGUGCAUCGGAUGUCAUCGUCGCUGCCUACAGUGGUCUACGAAACGACGAAAUGGAAGGCAACCAGCGAAAGACUUCGCCAAUGACAGCACGUACCCUCGAGACACUGAUCCGUCUCGCGACGGCUCACGCGAAAUCCCGUCUGUCCAACCGAGUAGAAGAAAAGGAUGCCAGGGUCGCAGAGGGCAUCCUUCGCUUCGCUUUGUUCAAAGAACUAGUCGAAGACGAACGCAAGAGGCGCAAACGCGCCCGGCCCGACCCCGACGCCAUGUCAACGGACGACGAUUCGAGCGACAGCGACGACGGCGAGGUAGCCACCGCCGCAGGAGACUCCGCAUACCGAACUUCGGCCGCAGGUCCACGAGGCGCAGGCUCACGGACCCCAGGGCGCAGCGGCGCAACCCGAAACGGCGCAAACAGAGCCGCGAAUGACGACGACGACGACGAUGAAGAACCAGACCUAUACAACUCCACCCCGGCCCGCUCACAGCGCACCACCCGCCAAAACGCCGGCAACAGCACAGCGCCCACCAGCAGCCAAUUCAGCGUCGCCUCCUCCCGCCCCGCAAGCCAACUCCUCCGCGACGAAUCUCAAUCCCAGUCCCAAUCCCAAUCACAAAACCCCGCCGAAGACGAAGAAGACGACGACGACGACGACGAAGAAGAAGACGAUCCACAACCCACCCUCUCCCCCGCCCGCUUCCAAGCCUUCCAAUCCGCCCUCGGCCAACUCAUCGACGGCCCCCUCUUCGCCAACGACGCCGCGGAUUUCGCACCUCUGGUCGCCGCGGUCAACGCCCGCUUGCGUAGCGGCGAGGCACCAUUCGGGGACCGGGAAGCUACCGCCGCGCUGGAGGCGCUCAACGAGAGGAAUCGGAUCAUGUUCAGCGGGGGGAUCGUUUAUAAGAUUUAAGGUCGUGGUUCCUUUUUCCCCUUCUCUCGUCGGAUGGAAUGGGGUGGGGUUAUGAUGAAUCGACAUUGUGGAUCGUUACGGAUGAUGAAACGCAAUUCUUGAAAGAUAUGCUCAGAGUUAACGUUUUCUUUUUUUUUUUCGAUCACGAAGUUUUAUUGAUUUUUCGAGGUCUAAUGAUUGAUACGGUAUCUUGACAAUGUUGCAUAAAUGCCCAUAAUUAUCAAUAUUCUUAUUAUUCGAAAAAAAAUCAACGCCUGUAGUAGUGAAAUUUGUAAACAAAUUCCUACCCAACAUUUGUUCGACGAAGAUUCCUCUCUAAUUCCAAUAAUACAUCAGUGAAAUCCAAUCCAUAACACUAAAUUGUCG